AUGCAAUUCAUCAUGGCCUCGAUGUCUUGGCAAAGCAUUUCCGCAGAAAAGAGAGCUCAGAUUGAGAACACGAUUCCAAAUGAUUGGAAGAUUAGAACAUCUCCCUCAGAGGAGAACGUGAUGCAUGUUCCUGAGCAAUGUGGUGUUCUCUCGCAUUUUGAUUUGGAGGUGACAAGUCUACCUGCCACGGAACUCGUGGAGCGAUUAGCUACUGGUGACCUCAAAGCAGUCGACGUGACCCUUUCGUUUUGCAAGAGGGCUGCCGUGGCACAUCAACUACUUAAUUGCUUGCAUGAGUUUUUCCCAGAGGCAGCUCUCGCGCAGGCCAAGGAGCUGGACGAAUACUAUGCACGUCAUAACAAACCCAUCGGACCGCUGCAUGGGUUGCCAAUCUCACUGAAGGAUCAGUUGCGCGUCAAGGGCACCGAGACCUCUAUGGGCUAUAUUGCCUGGAUCGGAAAGCGCGAUGAAACUGACUCGGUACUGGUCAAACUUUUACGAAAAGCCGGGGCGAUAUUCUACGUGAAAACCAGCGUUCCCCAAACUUUGAUGGUUUGUGAAACAGUCAACAACAUUAUCGGACGAACUGUCAACCCGCGGAACAAAAACUGGUCCUGCGGUGGUAGUUCUGGGGGCGAAGGUGCCAUUCUGGGAAUCCGGGGAUCUGUUAUUGGCGUUGGAACAGAUAUCGGUGGCUCUAUCAGGAUUCCGGCAGCAUUUAACUCCCUUUUUGGAAUUCGUUCGAGUCACGGUCGUUUGCCGUAUGCUGAUAUGGCGAAUAGCAUGGAAGGCCAAGAAACGGUGCAUAGUGUUGUCGGUCCUAUAGCACAUUCCAUUCCUGAUCUGACAUUCUUUAUGAAGUCGGUGCUGGAGGGAGAACCUUGGAAGUAUGAUUCCAAGGUGAUCCCAUUACCCUGGCGACAGGCCGAGGAAGAUUCGAUCAAGAUGAAGAUCGCCCGCGAAGGGCUGAACAUUGGAUUCUACCAUCAUGAUGGCGUUGUACUUCCCCAUCCUCCCAUUUUGCGGGGAAUCGAGAUUGUUCGGUCAGCACUCGAGAAAGUUGGCCAUAACAUGUUCCCUUGGACCCCGUAUGAGCAUGAGUUCGGAGUUAAUCUGGUCAACAAAAUUUACGCGGCAGACGGAUGCACAGAUGUAUACAGGAAUAUCAACGCCUCUGGAGAGCCUGCGAUCCCCAACAUCAAAGACCUCCUAAACCCAAACCUCCCCAAAGCGGACGUGAAUGAAAUUUGGGAUAUACAAUUACAAAAGUGGCAUUACCAACGUGCCUACCUCGAUAAGUGGCGCGAGCUAGAAGAAAACAUGGGACGAGAAAUUGACGCUAUCAUUGCACCUAUUUCUCCAACGGCGGCCAUUCGUCAUGACAAAUUCAAAUAUUACGGAUAUGCGUCUAUUUUCAACCUGCUUGACUUUUCCAGUGUCGUGGUUCCUGUGACUUUCGCGGACAAAGAGAAAGACCCGAAAAUGUCGGAUUUCAAGGCUAUGGGGAACAUUGAUGCUGAUGUUCAAGCCGAGUACGACCCGGAAGCUUACCACGGUGCUCCUGUCGGAGUGCAGAUUGUUGGGCGACGCUUGAGCGAAGAACGCAUUUUGGCUAUCGCAGAGGAGAUAAGUCGGAUUUUGGGGAAAUGA